GAGGCUGUGUAAAUCCUGCUGCAACAUUUCCUCCAGGUUGGUUAAGUUGGCAAAUGAGAGUCAAUUUUUCUCAUCACUCGCAAGCAGCCACCAAUUUAAAAAGUUAUCAGUGAGUACUGUAGUCAAGAGCCAACCAGACAUGAAGCAUCUGGCACGGUGUUGGGGAUCGAUGAUGGUGUGACCAUGUAUCCUCACCCUCUCAAAUAUCCUCCCCCAAAUCCUGUGCUCUCUAUCUCUCCUGACCCUGAAGAUGGUUGCUAUCACGGACCAGAAACAGCAUUCUGAGGGUAAUGUUCCCCACCCAGAGAUCGACACUACCAGCAACACGAUUCUCUACCAUAUCUACCAUACUGGACACUAUAAAAAUGGCUACUCGAUUCAUGCGCAGAGCGACUCAAACACACCUCUAAAUCGCUUUCCCGAUUCCCCAGUUGGCACAGAUAGCCAUAAUGGGUCUGCACGAUCGAGUCUCUUCAGCUGUCAACGAACGAACACUGCGAAGAAAAUCAGCAAAGCGAAAGCUCUCGACAAUCCACGAUGUGAUCCUAGAACCGAAACGUCUCCGUAUUUCCUUCAUCUACCAAGUCUCUACGGCAAGAAUCCCCCAUACACUCUCCGCCAUGGUGGUACGAAAGCGGCACCUACAGCAUGCUUGCUGCACUGUUCAGCAUUUUGGCGGACAUGGGAAUUGGAAUUUGGGGACAUACUGGCACAGCCUGGAGUCGUCGACGGGCGAGGUGUGGUCAAUAUCAAAUAUGGGACGAACAAGGGUCUUGAUGGGACUUUUCAAGGAUACGAGGUCCGCUCGAAGAGAUACAUUGGAGAAUCGGGCAAGGCAUGGCAUAAAGAACAAGCCCUGCAAGAAGAGAAAAUUGUCGAGUUAGGUCAGAAACCGAAAAGGGAAGAAGUUGUGUCCUUGAAGUGGACGGCGCCUUUUUCUUUCCAUACACGCGAAUAUCAAUUUACGUGGAGAGGUUUCGAUCUUGUCUGGAAAGGAACACAAACAGUCCGGCCAAGCAAGAUGCUAUUUCGUCCCUUUCUGCGCUACAAUAAUCUGAAGCUGGUUGUUGCCAUCCCAGGGCAAUACGGAGAGGAACCCGAGGCGUUAAUAUUGGCUCGAUACGCGUCUGUCGUAUCUGGACGUAAAUCUGGUCGGUUAGAAGUCUACAAGCAUGCCAUUGACUACUUUUUGACCCAGAAUGCGACUGUUCUACAGCAGUAUGAGACCGCUACGGCUGACAUGUCUCAUGGUGUCCAUGAGCAAGAGAAGUCUCCCACUGUUCGGAGUGCUGUCCCUGAACCCAGUGCUAAGACUUCCCAACGAUUCUCUGACCUCGUGGUGGGUACUGCUUUGUGUAUGAUCAUUGGGGAGUUCACAAAGCGUCAAGUUCUAAUUUCUAUAUUACUUGCUCUGGCGGGAGCUUAUGACGGUUGACUGAGUUUCAAAGCUCGUGUCGUAUUACUUGGGUACAAUUAUUAUACCCUCUGACGAAUCUCAUCAACUUUAUAGCAUUCAAAUAUGAUGUUGCCCAGUGCCACUCGCAUCUUCAAGAGGGUCCUUCUCGAUGCUAGCCUACAUUUGUCAAUAGUGAAAUCAUCAUGCUUCGCUGUGCCGAGUUCUGUACAUGUAGCACCCCUUU